AGGGGGAAAUGUAAACAAACAAAAUAAAGGAGCUAAAUUUCAUUAAAUUUAAAUAAAAUAAAGGAGUUUUUGCAAGUUAAAUAUGAAUGUGUAUUCGAACUAUAUUAGUUGUGGGGAAAUACUCUUCGAUAGAAAAGAUCAAUAUAUACUAAAAUGUUCUCAGUGCAAGGAGUGUUUUUCAUUUUUGGAAGAGUUUAUGGUACAUCAUCAGUUACUUCACGGCACUGAAGAUCUUUCACAAGAACAGGAGCAAGAACUAGAAAAUGAGGAGGAAGUUGAUUCACCUUUAGAAGACGAAAGUACAAAUCAACAAUUUGAUAUUCAGGAAAGAUUUUCAGAUUUUCCGGAAAUAAGUAGAGGAGAACUAACGCCGACUACGGAAAUGGAUCCUUUGGAGGAACCAAUGCUGAAGCAAAAGAAAUUUGACAUACCAGAAAAUAAUGAUAUCUAUGAAAUUGCGGUAGAUCACUUCAAAAACGAGGAUGGUGAAUCAGGCGAUGAGUGGUAUGCAGAAGACAACAACACCAGAACGUUUGUUCGCCAAUUUCUAAGAUCUGAAAGUAAUUUUAUAACUUUCAUAGCCUCAUAUAAAAAUCAACCCGUUUUGUGGAAUAGAAAACUCUAUCCCAAAAGAAAUAUAACCAACGAUGUAAGAGAAAAGUGUUUAAGCACAAUUGCUGCAGAAUUAAAUCAGCAAUUAAACCUAGAUAUGACUAGUUGUUAUGCUGCUGCUCUAAUCAAGCGUAUACGAAAUGGCUAUGCCAUGAAAUUAAAUCGCUUGAGGUCCAAUGAAUUGCGUGGAGGUACACUUAAAAGUCGAACUAUGCCCGAUUGGUAUUUUGAAAAGUUGCAAUUCCUUGAGCCUUUUCUGGACAACUAUUCCAUUGAUAAGUUGAGUGGAGCAAACUUGGAGUCCCAACAAAUUAUGCAGAUAUUGGAGAUAUAUAAAAAUCUUCCACAUUUAUGGAACACCAGUUGUUUGGAAUACCUAUGCACAAAUAAAAGGCAGGAAGCAAUUGCCGAAAUGAGGAGAACUUUAGAUUCAGAAAUGGGCUUAAAGGUCGAAGAAAAUAUACUAAAAACAUACCUUUACUGUAUUCAUGGGCAUUUUGCCACAGAAAAAGGCUACACCCAAAGUAAAAAAUCCACGACAAGAACCAUUUCCGAAUAUUAUGACCACAUGAGGUUUCUUGAUGAUCACAUCGGUCCCUUCUAUUGUACUCUAUGUGAACGAAAACACAGGAAUCCUUUACAACUAAAAGUCCAUAGAAAUCAGGCGCAUGACUGUGAGCCCCUAACCUGUCCUCUUUGCAAUAAAGCCUUUUACAAUGUGCAGGCCUAUACUUUCCAUGCCAAACGUCACAUGAAUGAUGCAACGGAGAUAUGCAAAGAAUGUGGCAAAGCAUUUGUUAAAAUUGUAGAUCUUAAAGCCCAUAUGCGUUCUCAUACUGGUGCCAAGCCUUAUUGCUGUGAAAAAUGUGGUGCAUCUUAUACUAUGCCAUCCUCAUUGAUUGAACAUCGAAAACAAGUGCAUGAGGUUCAAAACGAAGCAAAUUGUCCUAUAUGUGGCAAAGUAUUUCCCAAUAAGAAACGGCUAGUUUUGCACUUGCGCACUCACACGAAUGAAAGAAGCUUUAGAUGUAAAACCUGUGGCAAAGCCUUUAAGACCAAAAAGACAAUGCGCCAGCAUGAAUUCACCCAUGAGGAAGGUCGCAACCAUCCAUGUCCAGUGUGCGGUAAAAUGUAUAAGAAUAAAAUAGGUGUUGCUCAGCAUCUAAGGACACAUCGCACUAAUGUGGAAACCAAUUCAAAUCCUUUUAUUGAAAGUUGACAGAGACAGGCGUUGUUAAACAACUCUAAAAGUGUGAAUAAAUAAAAUAAAUUACUAAUAAGGAAUUACAAAGGAAAAUAUUGAAAGGAAAAAACUGAAAAAUUAAAAGGAAUCGGUGCCCUGGAAUGAUGAGAGACGUUGUGUGGAAGAUCUUCAAAGUAAUAUUCUCCUGUGAAAAAAAUUCGACAAAAUUUGUAUAAAACUCAAAAUUUGACCACAUAAAUUUUAUACAAAAUUUUGGCAAAUCAUGAAAUUUCAAAAA